AACCACUUUAAAAAGUUUCGUGUUUUUAUGUAUUAUUUAUAUUCAAUUAUCAGAAUGUCACUGAUCAGUUGAAAGAGCAAUUCAGGGUCUGAGUCAUGCAAUUCUAUAAGAGUUUGUUGAUAAUUACAGACCAAGGUUGCUGGAGCAUAAAAGGUGCCGCCUUUUAACCGUUGCCUUGUUGCCCUUCGAUGAAUCGCAAUGACCACCUGGCCGGUGUCCUAGCCUAUUUCCUGCAUGUAUAAAUCUUCAUAUAGCUACGAUCGUUUACAGUGUAUCGCGACCGAUUUGGAGAACAUUAUCUCCAGUGGUGUGCUCGUGUUUCGAGAUGCACCCGCGUGCAUUCUACGUGUUCGUACUUGUCAUCCUUGUGACCGAUGGCGCUAGUUGCGACGACAAUACGAAGUGGUACACAGGCCUACGUACCGUACUUCAGAAUUGUCCAUUGGAAUCCUGGAACAAUUCAGGGCAAGAUGAGUUUUUAGAGAAGUUUCGAAAAUGCGUGCAGGAACAUGCACUGGCUGCUUUGGAUGCACUUCUAGUUGAUGAUAUUAUACCAGUUUUCGAGGGGCUGGAUUUAGUAAGGUUCCACGAGGACAAGAAUUUUACGGACAAUUAUAGAGAAAGUGAGAUAGGGGAUGAUACCAAUUGGACAGCCGUUAUCGUGAAGCGAUUGUUACGAGUUUUACGCACUCAUGUGUUCAAAGUCGACGUGGAUUAUCUGACUAAUAAAAUUAUUUCCCUCCUUAAUAAUGAAGCAACCGAUGUAGAUAGCUACAAAUUCGAAGGCCGUAGGCGUCGCCACCGUCGUAGACAUAACCACAUGGUGCCGCUGAUGAUGAUGGGCUUCCUGCUGAUGGGUUCGAUCUUGAUACCCAUGGGUUUCCAGUUCCUCGCGGUUCUCGGUGGCAAGGCGUUGCUCUUGGCCAAAAUGGCCUUGAUACUGUCUAGUAUCCAGGGUCUAAAAAAAAUAGCAACAAAUGGCGUUAAUUAUGGACUGUAUCACGCCCACCCUGUGGCAGGGGGUUGGCACGAUAGAAGCCAUAUAGAGCCUCCAAAUUUAGACUUACCUUUUCCAUCGCCGCUUCAUCCCUAAUUAGAUCAUACAUUUUCAUCGUUGUUUGGAUUUUUCAUUGAUUGUUUGAAUGGUUCCUCUUAUGUAUGAGGUAAAUUGUAUGGAGCUUGGUAGACAAUCUCUGGAAUGGUAUCUAAAAGACAUGACCAUUCCUAUUUCUCGUUGCAUUUAUUGUCGUGGUUAUUGUUAUAAUGUUGAGGUUAACAAUAAGCGAUCUUGAAAGCACUUUUGAUCACGAGGUGUUAGAUUGUAUGUAGUUUGUUGAGAAGUACCUAGGUAGCUACUCAAGGUCACUGAAGAAGACCACCCCCGUCAAAUACAUUCUUACGGUUGUUGAAUAAACUUGAACUUAAUUUUGGUUAUUAAAAUUUUUUUUAAAUCUUUUAAUUAUUAUAUGAUAAUACAAAAUAAUUUAUAAAACUAGUAUAAAUUGUUUACUCAUUUAUCUUAAUUAUUCAUCUAACAUUAUUCAUGUUUAAUUAAUAAUAUUAGUGAAUUGACAAGUGACUAGUUAUAGAGCAAUUUUGAAUAAACAAUAUAGCAAAUGAUAGGGCACAAAAUAGUACAAUCGAAUGAUUUUCAAGUUUGUAAAAUUUUCUUUGUUUUACUACCAAACUUUUGCCUAUUAUACAUGUAUACUUAU